UGUGUGUGUGUAUAUAUAGAAGAGAAAGAAAAGAAUAGAAACUGUGCGAGAUUAGAUCUCAUAACUUCCUCAGCAUUUCAAAUACAGCAUUUUAUCUCCUUUCCACAGAUUUACAUGCACAUUUACAUUUAUUCAUUUAGCAGACGCGUUUAUCCAAAGCGACUUACAAAUGAGAAAAUACAAGCAAAGCAAUAUAUCAAGCAGAGAACAAUACAAGUAGUGUUACCAUACAAGAUCCAUUAAUUGAGUUCCAGAAGAAGCAAAGUGCAGAGUAGAGGUGUAAGUGCAAUAAUUUUUAUUUAUUUAUUUGUUUGUUUAUUUAUUUAUUUUAUGAGUUGGUUAGGUGUUCACAGAAGAGGUGGGUCUUUAGUUGUUUUUUGAAGAUGGUGAGAGAUUCUGCAGUCCAGAUUGAGGUUGGAAGUUCAUUCCACCACUGAGGAGCAGUUAGUGUGAAGGUUCUGGAAAGGGACCUUGAACCACGCUGAGUAGGCACUACUAAGCGUCGGUCGCUAAUCGAUCGCAGAGUGUGUGAGGGAACGUAAGCCUUCAGGAGAGAGUUGAGGUAGGAGGUGUUGUUCCAGAUAAGGUCUUGUAGGGGAGCAUCAAGGCCUUGAAUUUGAUGCAGGCGGCUACAGGAAGCCAGUGGAGGGAGAUGAAGAGGGGUGUGACAUGGGUUCUCUUGGACUGGUUGAAGACGAGGCGUGCUGCAGCGUUCUGAAUCAUCUGAAGGGGUUUGAUGGAGCUGGCCGGGAGGCCCGAAAGUAGUUGAACCUACAGGACCGUGCAGUUGUUGAGAUGUGGUCUGUAAAGGUCAAGCUGUCAUCAAGAAUCACCCCAAGGUUCCUGGCUGUCCUGGUUGGCUUGAGUGUGGUUGAGCUGAGCUAUACGGUGAGGUUGUGGUUGAUUGAGGGACAGGCUGGGAUGACGACAGCUUAAGAUGGUUUUCCCUCAUCCAGACUGAGAUGUCCGACAGGCAAGCAGAGAUGCGUGCAGAGACGGAUGGAUCGUCAGGCUGGAAUGACAAAUAGAGCUGGGUGUCGUCAGCAUAGCAAUGAUAUGAGAAGCCAUGAUGCCUUUCAUUCUUUCUGGUUUUGUCUCUUAUCCGUUCUUUGUUUGAUUGUGUCUUCUCAGUGGACAGUUACUUCAUGAGCGAUACCAAGGCCGUGCUGCAGGGAUGCACGGACCGGUGGACCCUGCAGGAAACUAUACCAAAGCUCUUCCAGAUGACUGUGUGUGUGGACAUGCGCUUACUGACCACGGGAAAAUGGAAGGCUUUCCACUACACAGCGCCUCGCUCACCGUACUAUGACCUCGCACUGCAGGGUGACAGCAAUGGCGUGUACGCCUGGCUCCUGGGUGUGCAACACCGCUUCCCUGUGCAGCUGCAGCUGGAACAUUGGCACCAGCUGUGUCUGCGCAUUGACUCAUUACGUAACCGCUUCAGCCUGACCGUCAGCAGCAGUCAGAAGACAUAUGAGCGUACGGUGUUUGCUCACGCCAUGCAACCCAAUGGCAAACUACAGCUGGGAUGUCAGCCCUGGGAAGUCAUCUCAGGAAUAAGAAUGGCCACCAUGGAGCUCUACAUGUUCAGAAUGUGGGGCGAUGUGAAGGAGCAUGCAGUCUGUGAGGACGGCACGAUUGUAGGCUGGGAAUCAAGCAUGUGGAGAAUCAGUCGAGCCCAGGCCCUUGUCCAGGACGACACACUUUACUGCGGCGAACUCAGUCUUUCAGACCUUGUAUGGUUGAAACGCAGUAGUGUACCGGGAAAUAAUGCAAAUGAUGUAAUCAGAAGGAGUAUCAGAAGUUCCUCCCUGAUGACCGAACAAAAGAACAAAAUCAUCACUUCUGGGGAAACUGCCGUAAAAUAUCAAUACAAAUGGAAGUUGCUGCAACCGGAGAAGACACUGUGGCUCUUCUUUCCAAUGUAUUAUAAAUGACUUGCACUUUCGAGCGCGCAGAUGAAACGCUAUCAGAAACCUCAUGUUAUCUUGCGAACAGAGGCGGAUGCCUGAUGUUUGGGAAGGGAAUCAUGUGAGACAGUUCUGGGAGGUAAUUAUUCAGAAUCAUUUAGAUGGCAGAUUUUGGCUCAGGCAUUUCAGAAUGACACAACCAACAUUUCAGAUGCUGUGCAACCGACAGAAAAGCGCACUGCCAUUGCACUGUAUAAGGUGGCCACAUGCUCUGAAUAUUCACAUCAGUCAGUUAUCCAAAACAGGUUUUUCUGAGGCAAAGUCACAUGAUUUUAUUUGAGGAAUUUAUUCUGUAAAUAUGUUUUCAAUGUAUUUUAUGUGCAUGUCUUCUAAUCAAAUAAAAAAAAUGAUC